CGUAUACAGUCAAAAUUUUACAUAUCCUAAAGAUGCAAGCAAUAAAUAAUUGUCCUGAUCGUACCAACCAUCUAAAAAAAUGGAAGCAAACAACGACUUUUCUUUCAGAAACUUUCCAGUGUCUAUAUGAACUUUUCGGAACUUCCACGGCCUUCUUCUGCUGUUUGUUCCAACAAAUCACAACCAUGACAAACCUCAAAAUCACCAAAAAACAUCACAUGCAUCUCAACAAUCCUUUCCCUUCACCUCCAACUUCAUUUCCUUUACUUCAGGGGGACCUCUCUGCAAAUUUUCAAACACUUCCUCCCUACAAAGCCUUCUCAAUCGGACGUGAUUUUCAGCUUCUAUGGAGGUCUGAAAAUGGUGGGUCUCUCUCAAUUUAUCAUCUCUCUCACCCCACCAGAUCAAUCUGGUCAACCAUCCCAGGCCAAGCUUUCGUAUCUGCAGCAAUGGUGGAAACUGAGGUGGAAGAAAGUCGAGGCUCGUUUGCUGUGAAAGAUGGGGCUGUUCAUUUGGUUUGUAAUCAUCAAACAAUUGAUGAUAUCAAGGAGAUCAAUGGUUGGGAUCAUGAGUUGGAGGUUAAAGAUCACCAUUUUCCAUCUGGGUAUUUGGGAUUAGACCAGAAAAGCCAUCAGAAAGAUACUAAGUUCCCUAUGUUGCUCAUCAAUGGCAGAAUAUUCAAUACCAAGAAGAAGAUGAUGAUGAAGAAGAAGAAGAACAGGCUUCAAGAAACUGGUUUCAAUGGUGAUAUAAAAUGCAACUCAAAAGUUCUUCCUGCUUCUGCAAGGUAUUGGGUAUUGUUUGAACAGAAAAACAGCAGCCAAAUUGGAUUUCAAGUGAUGCUUGGCCAACCCAGCUAUGAAUAUCGCCAAAUGACUCAUUCAAGAGGGGGAUUCAGCAGGCUUAAGUUUCGAUUGCAUCGGCUGAGGAAACGGAAAUUUGAAUGGUAUUGGUCUUUGCCAAAACUGAAAGGGUUUGUCAGAGUUUCUUCUUCAGAAGAGGAAAUGGAAGUCUUGAGAGCAGCUGAGGAAUUUGGAGAAUUCAACAGGGUAUUCUUGACCUAUUCAAGUGAAGAGAAAGAAAGAUUCUUUGGUUUUGGAGAGCAAUUCUCUCAUAUGGACUUCAAGGGAAAAAGAGUGCCAAUCUUUGUUCAAGAACAGGGUAUUGGUCGAGGAGAUCAACCUAUCACUUUUGCAGCUAAUCUAGUUAGUUACAGGGCUGGAGGCGAUUGGAGUACUACAUAUGCUCCAUCUCCAUUUUACAUGACAUCCAAAAUGAGGUCUCUGUACCUUGAAGGAUAUGAGUACUCUGUAUUUGAUCUGACAAAGAAUGAUAGAGUUCAGAUUCAGAUUCAUGGCAAUUCAAUUCAAGGAAGGAUAUUGCAUGGGAACUCACCUUCAGAGCUUAUUGAACGUUUCACUGAGACCAUUGGGAGGCCUCCAGAGCUUCCUGGAUGGAUAAUAUCAGGUGCUGUAGUAGGGAUGCAGGGUGGCACUGAUGCCGUACGCAAAAUCUGGAACGAUCUAAAGGCUCAUGAAGUUCCCAUUUCUGCAUUUUGGUUGCAGGACUGGGUGGGGCAGAGAGAAACAGUAAUUGGAUCACAACUGUGGUGGAACUGGGAAGUUGACACAACAAGGUACUUUGGAUGGAAACAAUUAAUUAAAGAUCUUGGUGCUUGGCAUAUAAAAGUAAUGACAUACUGCAAUCCCUGCCUAGCUCCGACUGAUGAGAAGCAGAACAGAAGGAGAAACCUUUAUGAGGAAGCAAAGGCGUUGGGGAUCUUAGUAAAGAAGAAGAAUGGAGAACCCUACAUGGUUCCCAACACAGCUUUUGAUGUGGGAAUGUUGGAUCUUACUCACCCAAAUACUUCCAGUUGGUUCAAGGAAAUUCUUCAAGAAAUGGUGGAUGAUGGUGUGAGAGGAUGGAUGGCUGAUUUUGGCGAAGGCUUGCCCAUAGAUGCCACCCUCUAUUCAGGUGAUGAUCCUAUUACUGCACAUAACAGAUACCCAGAAAUAUGGGCGCAGAUUAACAGAGAAUUUGCAGAUGAAUGGAAAAGUAAACUUGUUGGUAAGGAGAAAGAAGACCCACAAGAGGCCUUAGUUUUCUUCAUGAGAGCUGGUUUCAGAAACAGUCCUAAAUGGGGGAUGCUAUUUUGGGAAGGAGACCAAAUGGUAAGUUGGCAAGCCAAUGAUGGGAUAAAGAGUGCCGUCACCGGCCUUCUGAGCAGUGGACUUUCAGGGUAUGCUUUUAAUCACAGUGAUAUAGGAGGGUACUGUGCAGUAAAUUUACCGUUCAUCAAAUACCGAAGAAGUGAGGAACUGCUUCUACGAUGGAUGGAGUUAAAUGCCUUUACCACUGUUUUCAGAACCCACGAAGGAAACAAACCAUCCUGCAACAGCCAAUUCUACUCAAACGACCGAACAUUGUCGCAGUUUGCUCGCUUUGCCAAGGUCUAUAGUGCUUGGAAGUUUUACAGAAUCCAACUUGUGAAGGAAGCAGCUCAAAGGGGCCUACCCAUAUGCCGCCACCUAUUUGUUCACUACCCAGAAGAUGAGUAUGUGCUUACAUUGGGUCACCAGCAGUUUUUGGUUGGUUCUGAGAUCCUAGUUGUGCCUGUCCUUGACAAAGGAAAGAACAAUGUCAAAGCUUACUUUCCUUUGAAUGAAAGUUCUUCAUGGCAACAUAUAUGGACAGGGGAGGUACAUGCUAAACCAGGCUGCGAAAUUAAAGUAGAUGCUCCAGUUGGCUAUCCAGCUGUGUUUAUCAAGGUUGGCUCCGUUGUAGGGGAAACCUUCAUUAGAAACCUGAAAAUUUUCAACAUUCUUUAAGAAAUUGACCCUUAAAAUUGGGGGUUGCUUACCGUUCA